AUGGCUUAUACCAUUUUCCAACUUCCAAACUAUAUCAUCCACUCAUUGAAAAAGUGUCUUCCACUGUCCCCUUCAAUGAGAUGCCCUGUUCUCACACGUUCAUUUGGACGGCAGCUUCCUUUCCGUCAAUCAUCCCCCAAUCUCUCUUGCUCAUUCUUUGCUUCCCUGCGGAAAUCUGUGCUCUUUCAACCACCUCUAUCCCGGUCCUUCACAUCCGGUUCCAUCAAAUCUCAAGCCAUGCUCGACGCAAUGAGUCCCGCAACACGUCUACUUGACGAAUACCUCAGGGAAGGAGGGUACCAAAAAUGGGGCUGGGUGAUAUAUCGCUCCACGUAUCAAAAAGAUGAAGACUGGAACUGCUUCAAGGGGGUGAUUAUGGAGGCAAUGCGCAAAUCUAUCGAGUACCACAAAAAUCCAGAUCUCGAUCACUCCCUGAAUCAAAGUCUGAGUUUGACGUUUCUCGAGGACCGACCCAGCUUUGAGAAUGCAUCGAAGGAUCAACUUCGCACGCACUUUCAGAGGUGGGCUCAGCGUGCGUACUAUGCUGAAAACCCGCGAGCCUUUGAAGAAUUCAACGCCAACCUGGCGACCGCACCCAAAUACCGGUACUUUAUCCAGAUUGAUGAAAAUUCUCUGCAAAGCCUUCUUCAUGACAUCGAAAGUGGUCCUCGGUUGAAGGGUCUACAAAGUUGUGGCUAUGUGAACUUUGUGGAUGGCUGGUGGAAAUCAUUGAGGGAGCAUUAUGCAACGAGCCAAGAUCCAGACCUCAAAGAAGAGAUGGAUGAACAAUUGGCGCACGAUUAUCAGUCAAUAGAGGGCUGCGUGGAGGAAAAUACCGGCUGGACGAUGCUACACAGACUUGAUAUGAGUGUCGAUUUCUACCACUACACAAGUGGGUUUGUAGAGGACGUUUGGCCUCUAUAUUACCAGCGUCCGCCUGGUAUUGCUCUCUGGUAA